AUGUCGCUUAGAACUUUAGGAUCAAAUAAUAUAUUUAAAGGUAUCUUUGCCAAGCAAGGAGCCCUCACGCAACCAAGACAAACUAUACUCAAUUUCAGAAAGGAUAAUCCACAGCAAUUGCUAACGAAUAUAUUGACACGAUCAGAUAAGGAGAUUGGUGGCUAUUCUACUGUCAAUUUCGAUAUAGAUCCCAAAGAACGUUGUGGUCAUUUUCAUGGAGAGUUAUCAUUAGAUUUACCCAAGGAUAAUCCUCAAGUAACAAGAUCUGGUUAUGCAAUGUUCAGAACAAGAGAUCAAUCGCAGAGCUGGAUCUCGGGAGAUAAGUAUUGGGACUGGACGGAAUUUUCGGCAUUGGUGUUGAGAGUUAAAGGAGAUCGUCGGAAAUAUCUAGUCAAUAUCCAAGCUAAUACGCCAUUGGUUACAGAUUUAUUCCAGCAUCGGUUAUUUUUGAAUCACCCGGGACAAUGGGAAACUGUUGUUAUACCAUUAUCGGAUUUUGUCAUGACCAACUGGGGGGUAAUUCAGGAUGGCUCCGAAUUGAAUAAACUGGAGAUUAAAACAAUAGGAAUUGGGUUAUUGGAUAAACAGUAUGGGCCUUAUUCCUUGAAAAUCGAUUGGAUUAAAGUAAUGACUGGUGCUGAGGUGGCCAAAUAUGUAGACCUUUGA